AUGCUGCUUCCGGGGGGCCGGCUUUGGCGGCUCCUGCCCUACGGGCUCGGGGUCUGGGGGUCGGUGGAGGGGGCCGCCGGAGUGUGGCUCAGGCAACUCGGCGCGCGGCGAGGGGAGGCGAGGCUGACCUCGCAGCUCGCUCGCUGCGGCUGGGGAAGCCGGUCCUGGAGCACCGGGGUCCCGCCCCCGCCGGGGUCGUCCGGCCCGGAGCCGAAGGGCGGCAGAGACCCCACGCGCCCCUCCAAGCCCGGGCCUGUUUCCUGGAAGUCUUUGGCAUUCACAUUUGCAAUCGGUGGAGCUUUAUUGGCUGGAAUGAAGUACUUCAAGAAAGAAAAGACACAGAAGCUGGAGAAGGAACGGCAGCGAAGCCUGGGAAAGCCUCUGCUUGGGGGCCCAUUUUCCCUCACGACGCAUACUGGAGAGCCCAAAACUGACAAAGACUACGUGGGUCAGUGGGUGUUGAUUUAUUUUGGUUUCACUCAUUGCCCUGAUGUCUGCCCAGAAGAACUAGAAAAAAUGAUACAAGUCGUGGAUGAGAUAGAUAAUAUUCCAACUCUGCCAAAUUUAACUCCACUUUUCAUCACCAUUGACCCAGAAAGGGACACAAAAGAAGCCAUCGCAAAUUAUGUGAAAGAAUUUUCUCCCAAACUGGUUGGCCUGACUGGCAGCAAAGAAGAGAUUGAUCAAGUGGCCCGAGCGUACCGGGUAUAUUACAGCCCUGGCCCCACGGACGAGGACGGGGACUACAUAGUGGAUCAUACAAUAAUCAUGUACUUGAUUGGACCAGAUGGUCAGUUCCUAGAUUAUUUCGGCCAGAACAAGAAGAAUGCGGAAAUUGCCGGUGCCAUCGCUGCGCACAUGAGGGAACACAGGAAGAGGAGGUAGCCCGGGCCGCGGCCGGCGGUGUGUUCUCUUGAGAAAGAGAAGAGCUUUGUCUCCCUUAGGAGCCACAUGUGUAUGCACACGCGCUCAUAUUUGCAACCCACAGAACGUCCUUCGCACCGCAAGAACACCUGUCUUUGGAACAGGGCAUGUCACUUUGGGUUCAGCCAGGAGAGUUCUUGGAACCGUGAAGAUUCCUGCCAGGCAGGCACUUGAGCGCAGGGGACCAGGUCAGCGUGAAGCUGGAGGAGUGGACCCCGGGAAGUGGGGGAGGCUGGGCAGGUACGUUUCCCCACGGCAGCAGGGCCCUCGGAUAGCGUCGCUGCCUCUCCGGUGCCCUGGACCCUUGUCCGGGGUGUAGGGCUGAAUUCCAAAAAGGGUGACAUUUCCUUAGUGCCCUUGCUGUUCCUCUUUGAGUUCUUGGUGGCGGGUAACAGAUCGGGCCCUCGGACAUUCGUCGUGAAUCUUCAGACAUGAAAGCAUGCAUGUGUACAGUCCUGCGUGCUGUCAGCUCUCACGGUCACGUCCACAUUGUGUUCCCUUGUCAGCUGCUGAGUUUACUGAUGAAGAGGAAAUCUGUUGUUUGGGGGAAGACCGCUAGAUCAGUUUCUCUAGGGAUCUUUUAUGUGAUUUUAAUUGAAAGGUGCUGGGUUUUCCAUGACCUACCAGAUGGACAGAAGAGGAUCUCGAUCAUGACUGUGACUCAGGGCGCUUGUCUGCCGAGACCGGGUUGCAGUGGGUGUGAAAUAAAGGUGUGUGCGGUUUUGCAA